AUGGCCGACAUGAUCGCGUCUAGAGAGGAAAACGCCGAUAAAGAGAUACCGUCGUCGGCCACUGGUGGUGCGGAUGGCGUUUGUGGCGUAAAGGCGUCGGUCACAACUGGGACUGAGUCUCGCACGAAAAAGUCCAUGGUUGUCACAGUGGUGUAUUCGAAUCGUGCAUCAAAGAAGUCCAAGUCCAGAAGGAAGACAAGUCUGUCGCGGCCACAACGGAGAAAGCGGGGGACCAGCGGCAACGUCGAGAAUGGAGACGCCACUCCCUCGGCUCAAGCGACGUCAAAGAAGCAAGAACGGCGUGAUGACGCAUCCACAAAGAAGCGCAUCAGCGUAGUUCACAGAGCUCUAUCAGAUCCUGACUUGCUGACGCCAGUGGAAGUGGAUCGACUUGUGCGCGUUGUCUUCUGGAAAGCCAUUCACGACGACGACAGUGCCGAGCCGGCAGCGAAGUUCUGCGCCCGCGUCAUCACGGCUGAGCUGGACGGGGUGUUCAUCGAUCGGCUGUUGUGGACCUGCCGCGUCUGGUUCAAGGAACACGACGUCCCGCUGCGGAGAUCCACUGCAAGGGUGCAAUGGGAGCCGCCGCCGCAGCAAGAUGCUGGUAACCAACUGACCGCUUUAGUUGGCUUCAUGGCCGUGCUUCUGUCAUCCAUCCCUGGAAAAGGAACGGCUGCAUCGGUGGGCUCGUGCCACUCCGGACAUAUUUUCUGCAUCGCGGCGCUCCUGUGUGAUUCCUGCAAGCUUGUCCUGAGGUCGCCUGAGCUGGACCACCACACCAAGGUCGAGUGCCUCCGCAGAGCCCUAACUACAGCCGGCGAAGCUGCUGAACGAGGUGCCCCUGCCCGCAUGGCGGCGCUGGUGGCCUGCUUGCGGGACGCUUUCUUGUCGUCGGAUGUUCCGGAGGAUGAUCGCCUGACCCUGCUCGAACUUAUAGAGCUGCGCGCUUCAGGAUGGAAACUAUCCCCGGAGCAGCAACUCUCGUACGCUAGCCUCAACGACGCCGUCGGAGACGAAUGCGACGAUGUUCAAAACUUGUCACCUCUCCCAUGGCGCAUCGCCGAAUGAGGCUUCCUUACAUUUGCACCCGGACACGAGACCCUUCCGUCAACACGUUUCGCGUGGCGCUCAAUAGCUUCUUCUUUUUCUUUUGUGUGAAAUAAACUAAUUCCUAUUUGAUA